UUCAAAUAAACUCCUCGUCUUAAGUGUCAGAGUGGUCUCUCCUCCUGCUGGAGCUGGAUGGACUCUCACUCUCUGGCCGCCCGUUCCAGCUGCUCUCCCCUGCAGCCCUCCUCCGCCCAUUCGCUCGAUUCGAAAAUUCAAAUCUUCGUCUCCUCGAUUUCUCCCACUGGUUCAUAGCCUGCUGUCUCGCCGUGUUGCCCGGCUACACAGAGCUCCAGCCUUCCAGCUUCUCCCAGCUGCUGGAUUGUGAAGGUCUCGAGGAGACAAAAAAAAAUCCGUCCAGAUUCGCCGCCGUUCUCUCGGAGUUUCUCGCCGGGAUCCGUGAGUUCUUCGCAGCCCCCAUCCCGGUCGGUUUAUACACCGCAUUGCGUCGAGCAAUGGCGAGCCUCGGCCGCGUAGCGCUGCUGCCGGUGGUGGUGGUGGCCAUGGCGGCGGCGGCUGCAAUGGUGGAGGGGCUGGGGGUGAACUGGGGCACGCAGGCGUCGCACCCGCUGCCGGCCAAGGUGGUGGUGCAGCUGCUGAGGGACAACGGGAUCAAGAAGGUGAAGCUGUUCGAGACCAACCUGGACGCCAUGAGCGCGCUCGCCGGGAGCGGCAUCGAGGUCAUGGCCGCCAUCCCCAACAACAUGCUCCACGACAUGGCCGCCGACCCCAAGGCCGCCAGGGACUGGGUCAAGCGCAACGUCAAGCGCUUCGACUUCGACGGCGGCGUCAUCAUCAAAUACGUGGCGGUGGGCAACGAGCCAUUCCUGGAGGCAUACAACGGGUCGUUCAUCAAGGCCACCCUGCCGGCGCUGGAGAACAUCCAGAACGCGCUGAACGACGCCGGCGCCGGCGACCGGAUCAAGGCCACGGUGCCCCUCAACGCGGACGUCUACAACUCCCCCGCCAAGAACCCCGUGCCGUCGGCUGGCCGGUUCCGGUCCGACAUCUCGGGCGUCAUGACGGACAUCGUCAAGUUCCUAGCCAAGAACAAGGCGCCCUUCACGGUCAACAUCUACCCGUUCCUGAGCCUCUACCUGAGCGACGACUUCCCGCUCGACUUCGCCUUCUUCGACGACGGCGGGCCGCCGGUGCACGACGGCGGCAACGGGGUGACAUACACCAACGUGUUCGACGCCAACUUCGACACGCUGGUGGCGGCGCUGCGUGCGGCCGGGCACGGCGACAUGCCGGUCAUCGUGGGCGAGGUGGGCUGGCCCACGGACGGCGACCGGCGCGCCACGGCGGCGCUGGCCGAGCGGUUCUACGGUGGGCUGCUGAAGCGCCUGGCGACAACCCACGGCUCGCCCGCGCGGCCGGGGCAGAGGAUCGAGGCCGUGUACUUGUUCGGGCUCGUCGACGAGGACCGGAAGAGCGUGGCGCCGGGGAGCUUCGAGCGGCAUUGGGGCAUCUUCCGGUACGACGGGCAGCCCAAGUACGGCAUGGAUCUGGCCGGGCAAGGCCGGCGGGCCAAUGCCAGGCUCGUGCCGGCCAAGGGCGUGGAGUACUUGUCCAGGACGUGGUGCGCGCUCAACCCCAAGGCCGGGGAUCUGGGGAAGCUCGGGGAGAAGAUCGACUACGCCUGCUCCAACGCCGACUGCACGACGCUCGGCUACGGCUCGACCUGCAACGGCAUGGACGCCCGCGGGAAUGCCUCGUACGCGUUCAACGCCUACUACCAGACGCAGAGCCAGAAGGACGAGGCCUGCGACUUCCAGGGACUCGCGCUGCCCACGCAGACGGACCCUUCCACGCACGCCUGCAACUUCACCAUUCAGAUCGCCACCUCGGCGGCGGCGCCGGCGCCGGAGCCUGGCGUGGUGGUGGCCGCUUUGCUGAUGUUGGCGUUGGCCCAGCUCGUGCUGUUGUCCUCCUGCUAGUAAUAGGCAUUUGGCGAUGUGGUUGUGUAUUUCUUUGUUGAUUUGUUCGAGCUUGAGGUUUAGGCCACCCUCCUCGUGGAAUUUGGACUAGAUCAUAGAAGCUCUGUAAUUCAGACGCUAAGAUUAGUUCGAGAUUAAAUGGUUCGAUAAUGCAUUGGGUGUGUACGCUUUAGCCGGCAAUGGUCAUGGUACCUUUUGGUUUU